AUGAGGCGCUCCCUGCUGAAGCUCUUCCAGGGCGGGGACAAGGCGGCGGAUCGGGACACCUACCACGGCGUCGUGUGCGAAGCGGACGCCGCCUCGGUCGCCUCACAGGACGUCUUCAAGGUGAUUUCAGAUGGAAGUACUUGCAGAUUACGGAGUUUCAUUAAGAAGAAUCGGUCUGGACUUAGCAAAGUGGAUCAACUACAUGCCACUCCAUUGCAUCAUGCAGCAGAAGGAGGUCAGAUUGAAUUGAUGCAGAUGAUAAUAGAUGAUUCUUCAUAUGAAGUACUAAAUGCAACAGACUCUGCUGGAAAUACCCCACUGCAUUGGGCUACAAAGAAAAACCAGAUUGAGAGUGUUAAAUUACUUCUUAGCAAAGGAGCUAACCCAAACAUCCUGAACUCCAAUAUGAUGGCUCCUCUACAUAUGUCUGUGCAGUCCCUCCAAAAUGAAAUAGUUAAGAUAUUGGUUCAGCACAGCAGUACAGAUGUUAAUUUAGAAGGAGAAGCUGGGAAUACACCUAUAAUUGUAGCGUGUUAUAAAAAUAAUCCUGAAGCCCUGACACUUUUGAUUGAACAUGGGGGAAAGAUAUGUAAACCAAACAAAACUGGAUGUAUGUCUAUCCAUGCAGCUGCAUUUUCAGGUGCAAAAACAUGUAUGGAAAUACUUUUAAAGAAAGGUGAAGAAUUAGGCUAUUCUGCUAAAACUCACAUCAAUUUUACCAAUAAUGGAAAGUGCAGUCCCCUUCAUCUGGCAGUUCAAAGUGGAGACUUGGAAAUGAUUAAAAUGUGCAUUGAAGUUGGAGCACAAAUUGAUCUAAAACAGAAUGAAAAAUGCACAGCACUUCAUUUUGCUGCCACUCAAGGAGCAACUGAGAUUGUUAAAUUAAUGAUGUCCUCGUAUGCUGGUGAUGAGUCUCUUAUCGAUGCUGUAGAUGGGAAUAAGGAAACAUUGCUUCAUAGGACAGCAUUGUUUGAUCAUUAUGAACUGGCAGAAUAUUUGCUUUCCAUGGGUGCAAAUAUCAAUAGUGUUGACACAGAGGGUCGGUCACCACUUCUGUUGGCUACUUCUUGUGCAUCAUGGAAAAUUGUUAAUUUACUACUCUCAAAAGGAGCAAAUGUAUCAUUAAAAGAUCAACUUGGUCGGAAUUUCUUGCAUUUGACUGUCCUGCAACCUGGAGGACUGCAACAUUUGAAUGAGACCUUUCUGCAGAUGAAACAUAUUAAAGAACUUGUGGUAGAUGAAGACAAUGAAGGGUGUACUCCCCUACAUUAUGCAUGUAGACAAGGGGUUGCCCUGUCUGUGAACAAAUUGCUGAACUUGAAUGUUUCCAUGUAUUCUAAAAGUAGAGACAAGAAGUCCCCCCUGCAUUUUGCAGCUAGUUAUGGGCGAAUUAACACCUGUCAGAGACUUCUAAGAGACAUGAAAGACACAAGGCUUUUGAAUGAAGGUGAUAGGAAGGGAAUGACUCCCCUUCACUUGGCAUCCCAAAAUGGUCAUGAGAAGGUUGUACAGCUCCUUCUGAAGAAAGGUGCCCUGUUUCUCUGUGAUUAUAAAGGCUGGACAGCCCUGCACCAUGCUGCCUUUGGAGGAUUCACACGCACAAUGCAGAUAAUUUUAGAUACUAAUGCAAAAUGUACAGACAAAGUGGAUGAAGAAGGGAACACAGCUCUGCACCUUGCUGCAAGAGAAGGACAUCCAAAAGCAGUGAAGCUACUUCUUGACCAUGGUGCCAAGAUACUUUUGAACAAAGCAGUAGCUUCUUUUUUUCAUGAAGCAAUACACAGUAGGCAAAAAGAUGUUGUAUCUAUGAUCAUUCUGAAUAAAAGAUGGGAAGAAGCUGUGACAACUUUUUCGCACUCUUGUAGUGCCAAUAAGUGUCCCUUGUUAGAGAUGGUCGAGUACCUUCCUGAAUCAUUUAAGUUGGUUUUGGACAAUUGCAUGUCUGAGUCUUCAGAAGAAAAGACAAACCGGGACUUCUAUAUUGAAUAUAACUUCAGGUAUCUUCAGUGUCCUCUAACUCUAAAGAAACCAAAGGGAGAUGAAGAAAUUGAAUAUGAACCACUUGCCAUUCUAAAUGCCAUGGUACGCCAUAACUGUAUGGAGCUUCUUAGUCAUCCUGUAUGUAAAGAAUAUUUGCUCAUGAAGUGGAUGGCAUAUGGGUUUCGUGCACAUCUUAUGAACUUGGGCAUAUAUUCUCUUGGUCUCAUUCCACUCACUCUUCUGGUCACCAACAUAAAGCCAAGAAAGAAUUUAAAUGGAACCGAGACCUAUAAUUCAGGACCAUUAGUAUUUGAGGAAUCAUACUUUAUAAGAGUAUGUAUGUGCUUAGUAUUAAUCAUGAGUUUAUUGGGAAUAUGCAAAGAAAUAUUUCAGCUCAUUCAACAAAAACUGAAGUAUUUAUUGGACUACUCCAAUCUGCUGGACUGGACAAUUUAUACUACGAGCAUUAUUUUUGUUUCAUCACUAUUUGCUACCAUCCCUGUUCACUUGCAGUGGGAAUGUGGAGCAAUUGCUGUAUACUUAUCUUGGAUGAACUUCUUGCUUUAUCUUCAAAGAUUUGAAAACUAUGGAAUCUACGUGGUGAUGUUCUGGGAGAUACUGAGGACUUUGAUUCGGAUUGUUGUUGUAUUCUUUUUCCUGAUAUUGGCCUUUGGACUCAGCUUUUUUGUUCUUUUGGGUUCACAGAAAACGUAUAGCAGUCCACUCCUUUCUGUAAUGAAGACAUUUGCUAUGAUGCUAGGAGACAUUAAUUAUCAUGAUGCUUUCCUUGGUCCAUUGCUAAGUAGUGAAUUGCCUUAUCCCUUCCUGAGUUAUACAGUUCUUAUUAUCUUUACCCUGCUUAUUCCAAUUCUACUUAUGAACUUGCUGAUUGGCUUGGCUGUUGGAGACAUUGCUGAGGUGCAGAAAUAUGCUGCACUCAAAAGGAUCGCAAUGCAGGUCAAUCUUCACACAAACUUAGAGAAGAAGCUGCCAUAUUGGUUCCUAAGUCGGGUAGACCAGGAAUCACUCACUGUGUAUCCAAAUAGGCCAAGAUACUGUGGGUUUAUGAGUGUGUUCCAGUAUUGCUUUGGUUGUGAAGACAAUACCACAGAUACACACAGCACUGACUCCACUUUAGAACUGGAAGUUCUAAAGCAGAAAUACAGGCUUAAAGAUAUAUCAAUACUCUUGGAAAGGCAGCAUGAUCUUAUUAAGUUGAUCCUACAAAAAAUGGAAAUAGUAUCAGAAGCUGAGGAUGAAGACAGUAAUGAUUUAUUUCAACAAAAUUUUAGGAAACAGCAGUUAGAAAACAGGAACAGUAAAUGGGAUACUGUUUUAAAAGUUGUAAAAUCAAAAGGAGCCUAACUCUAACACAAGUGAGAAAAACAGCAUCAUCUUAACAAGGAUAUUGCAUGAUGUAUGUAUGUAAAAUGGUUUCUCGUCAGGUUGUUUCUCUUCUUAAUGCCUCAUGUAAAAUCUUAAUGAGAUUUAUCAUGUACUCAAUAUAGAACAUUUACCUAAUUAGGGCUUACAUAGAAUACAGGCAACCUCUUAGCUCUGUAUUUAAUUAAAGGUUUUGCUGUUAUGAAUAUAUUUGAUUAUGAAUCUAAGUAGAGGUAAUUCUUCCAAUAAUCUUCUGGGGAUAGAGCAGAAAAGGAAUCAUUUUUUGUAGGUUAAUAAGUAGGAAACUAACUUUUAAUGAUUUCUCUGUGGGGUCUGCUGAGUAAGGACUGCAGGAUCAGGCCCUGAAAAGUAAGUAGUAAAUGUAAGUUUGUGAAUAUACUAUGCAACCAUAGGGCCAGAUAUGCCAUCACAUACAUGUAUGCUAAUCUCAAAUGCUAGUAACUCCAAAAGCAGUUAGUGAAACUAACAUAGGGAGAAAUGAGCAGUAAAUGUUAGUCAUUUACACAUUAUACUGCUUCUGUUUUCAUUCUUCCCUGAAUAGUUAGCAUUGAUCUUGUAAGUUUAAUCCAGGGCUUCUUAGUAGCUGGGGCCUGUACGCUGCAGGGACCAUACCAGUAGGGACUGACCACCCUCACCUGCCUGGCUGCAGGCUCUCCUACCACCACAUGGCUGGGCUGUUCCACCCCAGUAACUGCUUGGCACAGGGCUCCCCUGCCACACUGUGCCAUAGGCUCCCCUGAGACUUCAGGCUGCACUGAGCCUUGUGGCCCUGCUCUGUCUCACUUCCUGGGGAAGGGGCAGGAACUGAAAACCAGAGAAGGGAAAGGGAGCCUGGAGAUCCCAGCUGCAGCAGCAGCCACAGCAGUGAGGGGAACAGCAGCCAAGAGGAGCCCAGGGACUACAGAUUAAUCCCUUGCAGGCCACUAGUUGGAUAGCCCUGGUUUAAUCCAAGCUGCCUCUGUUAUUUAUUUACAAAUUUAAUGCACUAUAUAGUGUACAGCAGUAUACAAACAUGUAUACCAUAAACAUGAAUUAAACAGUUGUAUUUUAAUUUUUCAGAAAUCAUGCUAAUAAACUGCUUAUGAGUGGA